AUGGGCACAAAAAAGCGCAAAAAAUCAAUUUCACCGAUUCCAUCAAAAUCUGUUGAAAAAAAUAAGGUUAAGACCGAUGCAGAAAUAAUUAGUGAUGGUUUGCAAGCAACGAAGACGAAUCAACCAGAUGCGACCCAAGACAAGGAUAAGCCUGCAAAGCCGAUUUAUGUCAAGGCGAAUAUUCAGGAUACAAAAAAAGUAAUUUCAUCAUUAAAAAUGACGACUAGAGUGCUGUGCAAGAUCAGAGAAACAAAUUGCACUCAAAUAUCAUGCUUCAACAUCAAGGAUAAGAAGAUUCUGAUCGAGAAACUAACAUCAGAGCAGAUUGAAUAUCACACUUUUACAGAAAAGUGUGAAAAAUCAAACAAAUUCAUUUUAAAAGACUUUUAUCUAUGCAUAGAUACAUAUUCAUUGCGUAAAUUCAAUCAGUUUAAAUUUGGAGCAUCACAUGUAGGCAUGGUGUUGUUCGAAAAUGAUGAACAUUUCUGUAAAUCACAUUACAAUGAGAGAAUGAAUUCGCAUGUGCUGAAUUUGGGUUACGAUGGUUCUAAACCUGCUGUAAUUCAUCUUUGUGGUGUUGAAAUGUAA